ACAUAUGUUUGCAGGUACUGUUAUAAUGGAUGGACCCUCAUAAAUCAGUAUCAUAUGAAUACACAACAAUGUGUAUGCUUGUACUUACAUGUGUAUAGUGAAUUUGGAUUUAUGUGAUUAAAUACAUAUUUGUUUCUAUACAUUUCACAAACAAAAUGAUAGCUAUACUAUGAUUGCUUUUAUUUAUUCAAAUAUAUGAUGGCUGUUUCACGUAGUACGGAUUUCUUGACAGGAAUUUGGUUUGAUAUAUUACUACGGAUCGUUUUAGCAGGAUUAUUCAUAGAAUUAGAGAAUGCAGAACCAUUUACAAGAAAAAUUCAUGAGGAGGAAUUAUGGUUAUAUAAAAAUCCAAGAACUGAUUCCUAUGUUCCAACUACAGUAUUAUGGCCUUUAGUAUUCCUUAUGCCAGCUGUGGUGAUUUUUUGCACAUUAAUAAUUUAUAAAGACAAAACUGACUUUUACCAAGCAAUAUUGUCACUGACUUUAGCAUUGGGCUUCAAUGGUGUUGUGACGGAUAUUAUUAAACUUUUAGUUGGUCGCCCUAGACCAGAUUUCUUUUGGAGAUGUUUUCCAGAUGGGAAAAUGAUUUCAGAUUUCAAAUGUAACGGAAAUCCAAUUGUUGUUAGAGAUGGAAGGAAGUCAUUUCCAAGUGGACAUUCCUCGU